AUGCAAGAGAAAAAGGAAUACGUCCUUGAUGAGGAAAUACCUGACGCUCCCAGUGAGGAGGUCACUCAGGCUGCUCUAAAUCGAUGGCAAACUGCCAAUCGGGAUAAUAUGUUCCUAGAGCAGGCCCAAACUGAAAGGUUCGAAACCCACAGGCAGAUCCUUGAGAGCAAGCUCAAGAAAGGAGAGUCGAUCAGCCCGCAUGUACUCAAAAUGAUUGGAUUAUUUGAGAACAUGGAAAGGCUUGACGCCGGGUAUUCAAUCGAGAUGGCAAUUGACAUCAUUCUCCAUUCGCUGCACAAAGGCUAUGAUCAGUUCAAGAUGAACUAUAAUAUGCUCAGCAUGGAGAAAACCCUUACCGAGCUUUAUGGAAUGUUGAAGUAG